GAAUGGGGCUCCGGGGUGGGGAGCAGCCCGGCGGAUCCCUCUGUCGGGAGGAGGAGUCCGGGCUGUGUUACGGGAGAGCCGGGGGUCUCUCUGGGCUGUCCGCCCUGCUCUGCCGGCCUGGAUCCCGCUGGGCUUCCUGAGGCCAGCCGGGGUCUGCGGGACCUUCGGGGGCGGAAGCGGAGAGGUUGGGCUGCCCCGGGGUGCCUCGUCCCAGGCCGCGAGAGGGGGCCUCGCCCUGGGCCGAAGGCGCCGGGUCUUGGAUUGGCAGGUGACAUAGAAUAGAGCUGGAAGGGACCUUCGAGGUCUUCUAGUCCAGCCCCCCCCCCGCUCAAGCAGGAGAACCUAUUUCAUUUGGUCUCCCCGUGGGCUCCUCUCCUCCGGGCAGGCUUGCCCAGGCUUUCCGUUUUCACCGGCAACCAAUGGGCAAAUCGGAGGGGAGCCGGUCCAUUGUGCCAGAAUAAUUUACUCUGGAUGGAGGGGCCCUCCCUCAAUAUUUGCUUGCAUUUUCCACCUGCAAAGUGGGAUUAGCUAAAGUCCUUGGCAGAUGGCAGGACUCAAGAUAACCAGACUGGCUACAUCCAAGCCUGAUUCUUUCCGACAUAUUUUCCCACUGCUACGUCUUGGGGUAUGAAAAUUGGCGGUAGAGGUUCUUGGUUGCUUCUGCCCCGGGCCUUUUAAAAGUUUCAGAUCUGCUCAAAAUUGCCUGCGGAGUAUAAUAGUUAACGUGGAAAUGCCAUUUGGGGAUUGUAGUGCAUGACUACUGGAUGGGUCAUAAAUCUUUUUUUUCCUUAGAGGCAACUAUAAGGUCUCAUUUCCAGAAAAAAAAAUAAACAACCUGAUCCCAAAAGUCUUUCUGCUCCAAGGAGUUGUGCUGGAAAUGUAUGCCCAGGAGUUCUUCUCAUGUGAUAUGUGCAAACUGAGAGGUGUGCCCACAUAAUAAUAGUUAUGAAUAGAGCUUCUUAAGUAGCUUUAAACAAUGCAUGUUUACAAAGGCGAUGAUGAAAAUGCCUUUCUUUGGAAGCUGGCCAGAGGAACUAAGCUAAAGUCGUCAGGAUUCUUCACGGGACCCAGUGAUUCUUUGGGGGCCCAGUGGAGGAGAGCACUGCUUCCAGGCUCUUCUUUGGCAUCCCAGGCCAGUCAGAGUCAGGUGGUCUGCAAGGACCUCUUGCCUUCCCUGAAUCCUUGAGGCUCUUUUUCUCUCCAGCUGUUUUUGUGGAUCCCUUGAGGAGGUCUGCUUCAGAAUGAUCCUCCCUCGAGUCAGCUCCCUUCCCAAGUGGAAUCCUUCUGAGACGGGGUGCUCCUUCUGGCAGGACCCUCGCCGUCCCAAUUCCGUGAGGCGCUUAAGGAGCGCAAUGGCCACACAAGUGGAAUUCGGCUCUGCCCUGACCUCCCUGGCCGGCAUAAGCGAGCCAAGGAAAGAGGCCAUCUUCCGGCACUCCUUCACCAGCCCGCUGUCUGACACUGGCCCCAGUUCUUUGGCCCCACUCAUCCUGGAGGGCAGGAACAAAGUGGGGAAUGCCGUGGGUCCCACCACCAUGCCCUCCGCUGCAUCCAGGCCACCUUGGGCCCCCAGGCCGUUUUCCCGGGAGGCGUCUACCGACACGUUUGCUACGGUGAAACCGCCCAUCCCGGCACUCAAGCCCAGCAGCACUGCACCAAAGUCCCCCACCGUUGCCCAGAUCUUUGAAGACGCUCCCAGGGGAUCCACUGGAAAUGUCCCACCGCUGCUGGAUCAAAACUCAAUGGAAAGCCAACCCCCCAGGGAGCCGGUCGCCCACCUGCCCGUCUGCCUGAGUCCUCAGGCGAACACCGUCAUCCUCUUUGAAAGCAGAAGCCCUGCGAAGGGGGGGCCCAAAGAGGGAGGGCCCAAGGCCCAGGAGGGGCAGCUGCUACGCUCCCAGUCAGAGAAGUGGCCCCGAAGGAGGCCCUCCCUCUCCACGGACCCCAAGCCGCUCUCCUGGGCCCCUCACUGGAGGGAGGCCAUUGCGGGGGCCCCCAGGGGUUCAGCUAGCAGUGUUGAGCCACAGCAGCGACCGACUCUGGCCGCUGAGACGCAUUCCCAGGCAGGAGGGAGACCAGCGGCCUCGGCUGGCUUUCGGGAAUCCUGGCAGGAACAAACGCAAUCGACUCCUCCGGCGGCUGCUUCCGGCCCAGGGACCCCAAAGCCGAGGCCGCUCCCCACCGAUCUCACAGGCAGAUUUGCAUCCCAGGAGCUCCCCUGGCAGAAGAAGCCUUGUCUGGCUGAAAGCAGAGAGAAGAGCGACCGGGCCCUGGAGGCCACGGGAGCGAGGAGCGCAGCAGCCGGCUUACGUGGGGCUGCUCCGGGAGUGCAAAGUGCCAGCCAGCUGGCUGAGUCUCCCCAAAGCUGUUUGCCCUCAGCUGCAGCUGGAGCAGCUCCCCCAGGCCAGGCUGUCCCGGAAGACUUGGGUCAAAACUCCCGAAAGGAGGAGACGGUGCCCUGGGAGCUCGGAAUCCAGGGGAAGCCCAGUGUGGGGCAGCACAACGCUAGCACAGGCCAGCCUUUGGGGGAAUGGGGAGAGGUCAGUCCCCAGGAGGCCGGCUUAAGGAACACCGAUGCCUUGGAUGGCAAGCACGGCGGCUGCGGUAAAAAGACGGUCCCUCUCCUGGACCCAUCAGCAAAGCCUUGGGCUCCCAGCCCGAGCGAGUCCCUCUGCGGCAGCCCCGGACAGGAGCUCCGGAUACUGAAUGUCCAGCAGAGGAUUCAAGUGCUGACGGCAGAGAAUGCAGGUUUCAAGGCAGGAAGCCUGCGUGCCUCGUUCCGCUCACGGCCUCUUUCCACAGAUUUGACAAAGAUGUUUUCUGGCCCCGUGACUGCAAGUGAGCUGAAGCCCAAGAGGCAGCCUGAAUGGAACAGGAAGCCUGCUGGUGAAAUACGAGAUGCUCCAGAGGAUCUGCCCACGGGAGGAAAAGAUGUUGGAGAGGUCAGCAUGGCUGGCAGUCCCUGGAAGCCCCCGCUGCUGGCAAAAACACCGUCCACAGAGGGUCCCCCCAAGAGAGAGGGCACCCUUGCCAAGGGCAGGCCAAACGCUUCUUCGCCUGGGAAAGACCCCGGCUUGGUCCUCAGCUCCAAAGCAAGAACGUUCUCCAGUUCUUCCACUGAAGAUGCCGGCCCUAAAACAGUCAGAGCCACCAUGUUUGAACAUCACGUGCAGAGACACAGCGUGGUGACCAGCCAGCUUGGCCCUGAACCGGCCUUGCUGUCACUGAUGCCGCCCUUUGGAGACUCGCCCUCCCGUGGCCGGGAAUCAGGGUCGGAGAGAAUGCUGGGAGAUGGCCAGUCGGGCAAAGCCUCCGCCCGGGGGGCCGAUGCUUCAGGGGGGGCCAGAGGAUCCAAAGAUCCCAGACCUUUAACAGAGGACGAAGACUCUCCACUGUGGGCUGAAGAGCCCUCGAGGGAGAAGGAUGAGCAAAGUGCUUCAAAGGGCGUGGAGGAUUCCCUGCUGGCUCAGAGGAUCGAGCCCAGGUACGAGGUCCUGCACACCGUGGGGGAGAGGGCCCAGAGCGAGGCGGUGGCCGCCAUCUCCGGAGGGAAGGCCAUCACUCUGCGCCGCCAGAGGCCUUUGAAGGAGAACCGGAGAGCCGGUGGAUAUGGCAGGAGCAAAGACUGGAGCGAGGCUCCUGCCCCGGGAACUGGCCUGUUGAAGGACCUCGCUGCCUUCAAGAACCAGGGUGCUUUCUCCAGGGAAGGAACCGGAGCGGACAGAAAUCGGGCCGGACAGCAGCCGGCCUCUGAGAAGGCAGCGUCCUUCAGGAUGAAGGAGGACAGAAACUUUGCACCGUGGCUGGACACCGAAAAGGAGAGGUGGCUUGCUCCAGCCGGUUUGAGGGAUCGCAUCCCGCGGAGGGCUGGAGCCAGGGUGCCCGGGGCCGAUGACUGCGAAGGUCAGAAGACGAGUCCGCUGCAAAGUGGCAGCUGCCCAGGGCUCCUCUUUGGCCUGGACCUGAAGCCCCCUCAGGGCUCCGAAGGACAGAAGCUGCACUUGGCCGGAUACGGAGUCCAAGAACAGUGGGAGGGCACCACGGAAGGGAAGGAGUUGCGAGGAGCCGGCAUCAAAGUGAAGUGGGUGAGCAGCUUCCGUAACGUUUCUGCCCCAAAAGGUUCAGACCGGUGGCGAAGGAAGACUCUGCCCCACAGCGCUGCCAGGCUUGAGGGCCCGGGGGAGCCCCCUCAGGACCCUGCCGAACUAGCCAGCAGAAGCGAUGCCCUGCAUCUGAUGGAUGGUGCAGCUGCAAAGAGAAGCCCCCAGGCCCUCCGUGGACUAGGCCCCAGGCAGGCGGAGGUCACCUGUCCCAGCAGCCCAAGGAAGCCGCUCCCUCCUUCAGAGCCCAAGGCCACGUAUUUUGCAGUCACCUGCCAAAUCUCGGAGGAGGAGAUCAAUAACCAGCCUGGGAGAGCUGCGGCUGUAGCUCCUCCUGUGAGCGCUUCCAGGAGAGCCGAUCCCUCCGAUUGCCAGCACAGGGAGUGCUUUUCGGAGGGAGGGAGCUCUGCAGGCAGGCCUCUUAGCAGGCCCAGGGGAGAAAGAGCGGCCUCGGACCGUUCGGUGACGGGGGCGUCUCGGGAGCCACUGACCGAGGCCAGAGACCAGGGCCAGGAGCUGCUGCAGAGACAGCUGGAGGCGGCAUCUGAAGGGCGUCUGGCCAGAGCUGACCCACCCUUCUGUCCUGGGACAAGGUCUCCUCCUUACCUGGCACCCCUCCAGCAGGAUAGCCAGCGGAAGAGAUCCGGUGCACUCGAUUUUGGCAGAGCGGAAGAGAAAGCCCCCGAUCACUACAGAUCGAGAGUGGUUGACAUUGAUGAGCUGAUGGCAGAAUAUGGGGGAGAGUCCCAGAAGCUUUGUGAGUGGGAGGGCCAGAGAGAGAGCACUUUCCUUCCUUGGGAGAAAUGGCCCCCCAGGCACAAUUCCUCAGGGAACCUUCCCUGCAGCUCCGACCAGAGAGAGAAGAGCAGGGUCGGGCACUCCCUGGGCAGCAGAGCGCCAGGCACCGGGGCCAGCAGUGGUGAGGGCAGCCAUGUGCAUGAGGGCGAUGCGCUGGAGAUCCACCCCCAGGAGUCAAGGGCCAGAGAGGAGAAGCGCAGCCCUCCUCAGUGGGGCAAGCCAGACACAGAGAAGGCAAAGCCCUGGUCUGCAGAGCCCCCCGGGCCAAGGACAAAGACAGCCUUUCUUGUUGGCAGAGAGGAGGGAGAGGGCACCGGGCAGGGCCCCCAGAGUGCCAGAGAUGCCACUCCUGGCCCCCACCCUGCCUGUAUGGACCUGAGAGCCUUGUGGAAGGAAGCCAGUCCAAAGAAGUGGGCGGUUCUGGCCCCUGCUGGCGGGUGGUGCCCCAGCAGUGACUGGGGUGGCAAGACUGGGUGGAAAGCUGAGCCCCAGGCCGGAGUCUGGGAGAAGGACUCUCCUGCAGCGCAUGCUGGAACAGAACGGAGCAAUUCCACCGCAUCCCUGGGGACAGGCACCACGCCAGACCUGAAGUGUUCCUCCUCUGAAAAAAACCAUCAGAGCCAAGCAAGGCCCAGCUUUCCUUCGGAACCAAGGCUGGAUCAGCCCCAUGUCUGCCAGAGGUUCACUCCUGAAAGGCCCGGGGUCUGGCUGAGCGAGGGAGGCCCGUCGCCGAGGGACUGCUUCUCUCACGGAGGGACAAGGGACCUUGGGAAAGAAGGCCUCACCGUGGACCAUGACGAUGCCACAACCACCAAGCGCUCUCUGUACCUCCUUACACAGCGACAGAGUUUCCAUAAAGAGAGGAGGACCGACCACUGGUCAGGGGGCCAUUUCAAGGAGUGCUUCGGCCGGCCAUCAGCAGAGGCCAGGGACACCGACGUCCUCGUGCAGGAGGCCGACAGCAGGUAUGGCACCUGGGGCGACCGGCGGCACAUGGGAGACAGUUUCACCCCGGAGUCUCCUUCCUGGGAGGGCAGCGUGGCCCCUGCACAGAAGCUGUCCCCCGUCCACCGAACCUCCUUGUACUCAUCUCAGAGGGAUCUGGCCACUGCCGCCGGCCAGCAGGAUUCAUCCGGGGAGCAGAGGAGCCCCAGCCUGGCUGAUUCCAGCCCAGAUGCAGAUUCGGCGUCUUCCCCCGCAGAGAAGGCCAGCCCGGACUUCUCCUUCCUGGAGCAAACUCCCCGCCUGGACUCGGGGACCCUGAAGAGCCGGGUCCUGCUGGGCAAAAGACGGCAGCAGCCCCGGGCUCCCAUCUCCCGCAUCCUCAGGAGGAGUGCCAGUGGAGCCACCCAGCCGCCCCCGUUCUCUGCGGCGGAGGGAGCAGCCAGCGCCUGGAUGUUCAGGGACUCCACAGAAGAGAAGCCCCCCAGGAGGACCAAAGAGGAGGAAGAGGAGCCCCCUCCAGCAGAGAGGCAGCUCCAUGCCCAGCCGCGGCUGCCGCUCUUUCCGGGCCUGGCCCCCUCCGCCCUCAAGACUCAACUCAGGAAAAGGCACGAUUUGGAAGGGGGCAGGGAGGAAGCCCCCCCUGCGCCCCUCUGCAAGUCGCCCAAAGGUCCGUUUCUGGCACCGGCGGCCACUCCCGAGAAGGAAGGGAGGCCGGAGGAUCUGCCCCCCCCAUGGCUGACGGAGCUGAAGUCCAGGAGGAAGCAGGGCCAGCCGGAGAGCCCCCUCUGAGGUCGAAGCCACGACUGGCCAGAGGAGGAGCUGCCUUAACUGACCGCCCCCUUCCCCUGCCCUCCUCCCGAGUCUCCUCCCGCCUUGACCGACUGCUCUGCGCUCAGUGCCUUCUUCUGGGGCCUGCCUGGCUCCGGCCCCAGGACCUGUGGGAGGCCCCCCCCCCGUGGCCAGGGCUGCCCCCAAACAUGACGCCUCCCUGCGAGAAGGGAGGGAGGGGCUUCUGCCUUUCUCUCUGCCGAAGUGGACGGAGGAGAAGGAAAAAGGGCCGGUUGUUCUUCCAGGAUCCAUUUUUGUGGGUUUGCUGUUGGACAGGUGGGGGGGGGGUGUGCCGUGGCUCAUCCUUGUUGCUGUUCAAAGAUCAGAGGAGGUUUUAUUGUACAAGUUUUGUCGGGGUCCUUCCCGAGGAGAGAGAAAGCAAUAAGGCCAAGCCGCCUCCUCUCGAAUGGCUGCAAAUCCACUUCGUAAAGACGGAACUGGGCCUCCAUCGGCCUCAGGAUGUCUUUGUCUUCACUGUAGAUAUUCUUGUAAACGUUCAGGGAAAGGAGUCCUGUGUUCGACUCCAGUCCUUCCAAAUGUCCGGAUCUCUCCUGAUCCCAAGUGUGGGGAUAUCGGUCAACCAAUGAACAUGCCUCUGCCUGGCGGGCAGGUGGGGGGGGCAGAGACCCUCACAAGCCAUUUUCUGCUCCAUCCUGGUCAGCUGGAGAAAUCCCAAAUUGGGUGUUUCUGUGAAUGCUCCCGUGAGCAAUGGGGCCCAAAGACCUCUGAAGACCCCUUUGGUUAUGCUGUGGGGCGGACGGGGGUCCCCCCCCCACCUUUUGGAGGCACAGUAGCUACCCUAAGGCUGCCUCUGGCCCUGCCUGGCUGGUGAGGCUGCUCAGUCAGCCCUGUGUCCAGCCUCGGGGUCUGCAUUCCUGCCCCCCGAGACGCUGCUGUGCUUAGAAACUUGCAUCCCCCCCCCAAUAAGUGCUCUUCUCAAACUACUCUGGCUUCCCAAAGGGUUGCGCCAGAGAGGACAGCGACAGCCGCGCAUUGGGCCUGGGGUGAAACAGCCAGCUGCCUCUGUUUCUCCCAGGUGCCAAUCCUGGAUCAGGCUUCUUUCUUUCUUUCUUUCUUUCUUUCUUUCUUUCUUUCUUUCUUUCUUUCUUUCUUUCUUUCCUUCCUUCCUUCCUUCCUUCCUUCCUUCCUUCCUUCCUUCCUUCCUUCCUUCUUUCUUUCUUUCUCUCUCUUCUCUUUUUCUUUUUUUUUCCUUCCUUUUUUUUUCCUCCCGGCCAGGCAGAAGGAAGGCCAUAUGCUUCGCCAGGCCUCCAGCCCUCGGGCAUCCUGUCCCUUAUUUGGGGGAGAUGCCCCUGCCCCCUGUGCCACUUGGAGGCCGCUCCUGGCAGUGCCAGCAGGAACUCUGGGCAUAUGCACCAUUUCUGAGGCUGGGAGAACUUGGCUGGCAGAUCCCUGGGAAGCCGCACACGGAGGUUCUGCUCCAAGACUUGUUGGCCUUGAUCGUCUGAUUAAAAAGCUUGUUCAGAGCAA